AUGGCGGCCAUCGAGUCUAUGACGGCCCAUAUCCACAGAACACUCGUUGCGGCCAAUGCCGUUUCCGAUGUGACGGUCGAUUUCCCAAACUUUGUCACUUACGCCCGUCACGGCGUCAACGUGUCGAUUCGCGGCUCCCAGUCCAAAGACCUGUCCGAAGCCACACACGAACAGGUCGUCGCGCUCUUUGAAUCAAAUAUGGCGAAUCUGUACCAGACGUCGGACUGGGGAUACGACCCAACUGCGAAGCGCACUGAACUGUUCGACAGCGACGCGCGGUACCUCUUAGUGUAUGACGAGAGUUUCGAGGCGGUACACCCGUUGAAACCACUCGUGGGCUUUGUCCACUUUCGCUUCGUCGAGGACGACGGUGCGCUGGUUUUGUACCUCUACGAGGUCCAAUUGGCCGCUAAGGUGCAACGUCAAGGCCUUGGACGGUUUCUCAUGACGCUGCUGCUUUUGGUGGCAAAGAAGCACGGGAUGGACCUCCUGGUGCUUACCGUGUUCAAGCACAACACGGCAGCGGUGAGGUUCUACCGAGAACGACUGGGCUUCGAGAUCGACGAGACGUCGCCAAGUGCCUGUGGCGAUGACUCGCAGGACUAUGAGAUCCUGAGCAAGCGCGUCGUCAAGAGCAAGUAG